CAAUCAUAGGAAAUACUCACGCAUGCGCACUAGUGGGAGUUUUGUUUGAAGUGAACUGCUGCCUGGAACUGCCCUUACGAGCUCGCAAAGUCGUGCGGCAUUUGAAUCGAAUCCCCACAAUUCCGCACAUUUCUCCCCCCGGCGAUCCCACCGCGCCUCGAUGCAUCGUCGGGACAAUGUUAGGCCACCACUACCCGAAUGCUGACAAGUCACAACAACUGGCCAACUACGUGGAGGAUUAUCUGGAAUGCGUGGAGUCCCUGCCUUUGGACAUACAAAGGAAUGUUUCUGUGCUCCGGGAAAUCGACGCAAAGUAUCAAGAAGUGCUGAAGGAGGUGGAUGAAGUCUUUGAGAAGUACAAGACUGAGCAGGAUGGCGCCCAGCGAAAGUGCCUGCAGGUCCAGCUGCAACGGGCGCUCAUCAUCAGCCAAGAGCUGGGCGACGAGAAGAUCCACGUGGUGACCCAGAUGACCGAGUUGGUGGAGAACCGCUCGCGCCAGAUGGACUCCCAUUCCCUGUGCCUCCAGGAGCCCUGCAAUCCCGAACGGGUGGCGACGGAGCGGCGCGCGAACGUCCAGGAGCCUCCCGCCGCCGCCACAGCGGCCGUAGCCGCCCCGGCCGCCGUCGAACGUGCCUCGGGCCGCCGGCCGCGACGCCAGCGUAACAGCGAGAGCCGAGACUCCAGCCACCCGUCCGCCAACGGCUUUGUGGCGGACGAUGCGGUGGAGGAGCCGCCCGCCCCGCUUCCCAGAGAGAAGAAGUCCAAGUCCACCAAGAAGAAGAAGCGCAAGUCCAAGCAGGAGCGAGACGCUUCGCCGGUGGAUUUCGCCAUCGACCCCAACGAGCCCACCUAUUGUUUGUGCGAGCAGGUGUCGUACGGUGAAAUGAUCGGCUGCGACAACGACCAGUGCCCCAUCGAAUGGUUCCACUUCUCCUGCGUAGGGCUGACCUACAAACCUAAGGGCAAGUGGUACUGUCCCAAAUGCAGGGGAGACAACGAAAAGACCAUGGACAAAAGUUUGGACAAGAACAGAAAAGACCGCCGGUCCAGGUAGUGACCCACCGGCUAAUUCAUCGGAGUACAAUGUUGAGAGCACAAUCGAACUUGCGUCAGAAGCCACUUAUGAGGACAUGUUGUGCUGUGACAUCUUCAUCAAGCUAUUUGUUUCAGUGAGAAGUUUCUUUAUUU